AGUUAUAAAACACUCGGAGUUUUUCAGUUCAAGAUUGUACACUCGCGAAUGGACCAAAAAUUAGCCAGAUUUAUUGAAAAAGCUCGGAACGAUUCGAGCAACCGCGAAUUCGGCACUGGGAGCGAAUCAAAUGAUUCUUUUUUGAUAGCCCGCUGACGCCAAGGGUGCGAGGAACGUUGUGAAAGCAAUGACAAAUAAAUCAAAGUAUGAAGAGCGUUAUCACGGUUGACCCAGAAUGUGGACGUGGCAAUGCUGGGGGAAAAACAGAUGGCGAAGAUAUCCAGAAGUGCUUAGCAAGUGACGAAGGUUUGUUGAAACAAGAAAAUAUCUUUAAAGCAAGAAUAAAGAGUGCACGCGGAACAAGCAAAGUGUACCUGCCAAUGCGGCUCUUCGAGCGCCCGAGAAAUAUCAUCGCGGACCAUUAUCAGGAACCUCGAUCGCGACUUCUAUAGGACGCUUUGACCAAUGUGGGAGUAUGUGAACGCUCGGAGUGUCUUUGCGAGAAGAAAAUUCAGUGAUAGCUCGGCAACACUCCCGACCGGCAACAACGAUGCGCGGGAAAGCGUCGUUGUAGCCCCGAAUAUCGUAGCGUCGAUUGGGAGGGGAAACGAUCAAAUUGAGUAUUCGCUAAACAAAUCCACUGAAAUUGAAAAGAAUCUCUUAUCGCUGGACCACAAAAAGCAACGCUUCCGCUGAGUGAAGACGUUGUCAACGGCGAGUGUGCUUCGAGUAAGAUGCACAAUCAUUUUCUCAGGGAAUCUGAAACGUGUGUGUUUUACCGAAUAUUUUGAAUAUAUUAUUGAGUUUAUCGAACAAUGAAUUUCAAUGUAUUUACGUGACUAGAUUCGUGGCCUCUGAGAGUGGCUGUUCGAUCGUAUCACCGCUCGUGUUAGCGUACUCAUUAAAGCUUGUUGUACGGUACAAGUGUGCGCGCGAGUGAUAAGAGAAGACGGAAGAAUCCAUAGAGCAUCGAUGAGUCUGGCAGUCAAAUGAACAGUGAGAUAAACGACUAAUAUAAAAUCAGUGAAAUAUCGAGAAAUUAAAGUCUGAAGACGCGGACGAAAGAAUCAAGAGUGCCGCGUUAAUUCUCUUGGCUUCCUGUGGAAAAAGUCAAGCGGUUGCAGCCCCGGCGCGAUAGCCGUGCUUCCAAUGAUCGGAUUCACGCGUGAGUCAACCUCGUAUGAUAUGAUCGCGAGACGUGCUCGAUAGCUGACAAUAAAUCUUCAUUGAAUUACUUCGGAAUAUCUAUUCACAAUACGUAAGUCCAGCGUGAGAUACGUUCGGGUUUGUUCGUAAACAAAUAAACUCGAAAAUACAGGACGCACCUAGCGCAAUAAGAGACUAAAACGAGCGGAGCUCGAAGAGACAUCGAUCAACGGAAAUGAGGGAGAAAAAUGUAACGCAACAAAGUGACCGGAGCUACUUGUGCCUCGUGGCUAUUUAUGCGAUCCACGCGGUCCUAUUGAACGUCGUGUUCCUCCAGCCGAAUUUCGAUAAUGUACAAAGCACUCUGACAAUACCACCGGGAUACGGUACCGACAGUGGUAACCCUGGACUAGUUAUAAAUAUGAGAAAAAACUUGAGUGAAACUGUGAUUAUGAAGAUAGAGCAAUACAAAUAUUUACGAAGUGACGUUAUUGUUUCUCUGGUACGUUCAAACACUACGGGUUAUGUGGGAAGAAGAAAAAUCGAUCCUGUUGAGAACGGGGAUGAUGACUAUACGAUGAAAUUACCAGGGAAUACAAUUUCGCAGUCGAAAUCCAGUGGAUCAGCCUUACAUUUCACAGUAACUUCUAAAACUUCAAGUAUAUUGCGACUACUGAAUCGAGUUAUGAGCGAUGGGAAAUCACUCAUUGAGAGGCUGAGUCCAGCUGCGCUGGGAAUAAUCGCCGGAUGCCUUGUGUUUCUGUUAACAUUUACUGAAAAUGAGUGUGCGUAAAAACAUGCGUAUGGUGAACACAAAUCGACAAUUCUUUAUCGCAGCAAAAUAUGCAUUCAAAGAAAAUCAUCUCCCUCCUUGUCAUGUCAUUAUUUAUAUCAAUUAGAGCUCAUUACUAAAAUAUAAUUAUAAUAAUAAAUAAAAUAAUAGAAUGCAUUUCAAUAUAAUCAUGUCGCAGCAGCCUCUAUAAUUACAGCUUUAAACCAAUGUGUACGUACUUGUAUAUAUAUAAUAUUGGUAGGUUCUCUGAGAAGCUCAUCAUCUUAUUUAUAUUCCAUUGCCAUGGUCAAAUUCGUAAGCCUUAUCAAUGAUUUACUGAGCGAUUACAAAAUCCGCUGGUACUUGAGCUUGGCGGUUGUUGUACUGGUCCCAGAGCAAUCGAUUCCAAGUCUUAUACUUCCUUGCACAAAGUACAUAUUUGACCAUUAACUGAAAAACUGAUGAAACGAUGCUACCAAAAUAUGUACAAGUUACACGAGCGAAGAAAAUUUGAAGACAAUUUCAAGAGUGUAGCGAUGGAAAGAGGGAAGGAAAAUGUGAUGUUUUAAAAUUUUAUAAUGCAAAGUGUAAGAUUCAUUUUUUUAUAACUGGAAAUUUGAUUUUUUAUUCAUAGAAAUUUAUAUUUUUCACUGUGAAAAUUCAAAAUCUUCUGGAUCAUCUUCGCUUUCAUUUUUUCUUGCUCUUAGGAAAAAAUAAAUCGAUUGGCAUUGUUGACAGGUGUUUGUAGAAUUCGUGACAAACUUCCUGGUUAUUUGAUAGCUCAUUGAAUUUUUGGAUAUUCCAAAGGGAAUUCCUUAGAGUAUUGUUCAUUGAAUAGAAAUUUGUAAUUCAGUCUGAUUGUAAAUGACUGCAUAAAUUAAAAAGGUGACUGAUUUAGUUUGAAUUUACAAAUUUUCGCCUGAACGCAUGUGGAGCACCUUUUCCGUCGUGCCUAAUGAAGCGCAUGAAUAUGCAUAAAUUAUUUUUUCAUAGGUUUAUUGAAAAAAAAUGUAUUUAUUGCCAAGCUCAACCUUCUUAACAAGAUUAUUUCGAAAUACGUGCUUAAAGUCGUGUAAUCAACCACGAAACGUAUUGUAUUAUAAAACAGUUGAUUGAGAAUAUAAACACGCAGGAACUCAAUAGCCUGAUGACCUUGUGUAGCUGCUGCAAAGUCAGCUGUAAUUAUCUAAUUUUUAACAAAUAAAUUUUUCUGUCAAAAAAAA